CAUACCGCGUACUACAGCACAUGUUUGGAAGCUGCAGAUCAUCAUCACCUCAAGGCGUUGGAGCUUGGGAAAAAUGGCGAUACAAGCUCAGAAAGUAGCAAAGACGAUUGGCUUGAGUCUUAAAAGUACGCUCGUAUUGCUAAUUGUUUUGGUGGGAGUAUUCAAAUUAGUGGAGGCACAAGGUGGAGUAGCAGGGCGUCUUCCUAAAGAUGAAGUUGGUGCCCUGCGUGAAAUAGCUACACAACUGGGGAAGGAUGAUUGGAAUUUCAGAGUGGACCCAUGCCUCAAUGAAUCAAGUUGGUUCACAGCAGAAGCAGAUUACAGUUCCAAGCCAGCACUGUACAACAAUUCUCUAAUCUGCAAUUGUUCCUUCCCUUCAGCAGCUGGUACUGUCUGUCACGUGGUUUCACUAUUUCUUAAAGGGCAGAAUCUUUCUGGUGAGCUUCCAAAAUCUCUGGUAAAGCUGCCUUUCCUACAAAAGCUUGAUCUCACUCGAAACUAUCUUUCUGGUACAAUACCUUCCGAAUGGGCUUCUGCAAACUUGACAGUUCUGUCGAUUAGUGUAAAUAAGUUAUCAGGACCGAUCCCAAGCUCCCUGGGAAGCAUGACCACACUUGUAUAUUUGAGCUUAGAGACCAAUCUGUUUUCUGGAAGCGUUCCCCGUGAGCUUGGAAAUUUGGUUCACUUGGAGAAUCUUAUUCUUAGUGCUAAUAAUCUCACGGGAGAGUUGCCACUCGCUCUCACUAAUCUGAAAAAAUUAACGGAACUUAGGAUUAGCAGUAACAGCUUCACCGGAAAAAUACCUGACUUUUUCCAUAGUUGGAAAAACCUUCAGAAAUUGGAGAUCCAAGCAAGUGGUCUCUAUGGGCCCAUUCCUUCUAGUAUUUCUGUCCUUAGUAAUUUAACUGAGCUAAGAAUUAGUGACCUACAUGGUGAGGGUUCUAAAUUUCCGCUAUUGAGUAACAUGAGGGGAAUGAAAAGAUUAAUGUUGAGGAGCUGCAAUCUCUCUGGAACAAUCCCUGCAAAUAUAUCACAAAUGCCAGAACUCCAAAUUUUAGAUCUCAGCUUCAAUAGAUUAGAAGGAAAUGUUCCAGAUUUUAAAGACCUAGCAAAGAUGGAAUACAUGUUUCUGACAAGCAACUUGCUCACAGGGGCUAUUCCGAAGUGGGUCCUAGACAGAGAUCCUCGCGACCAACUAGAUCUUUCUUACAAUAAAUUUUCAGAGAGCUCUGUGGGGCCUACUUGUCGAGAAACCCUAAAUGUGUUUGAAAGCUCUCUUGGACGGGACAACUCAAAUACUGCGGCAUGCCAAAAGAACAUUCGUUGCACAAAAGACCGUUAUUCAGUGCAUAUAAAUUGUGGCGGAAAAGCUAUCACCAGUGGAAACAUAAAGUAUGAAGAGGAUCUGGAUCCAGCAGGUCCGGCAAAAUUUGUUCUCGGGAGUGAGAACUGGGGAAUAAGUUCAAGUGGACAAUUUUGGGAUAUCAACAGAACCUCAAAUGUAUACAUAGCGAACAAUGUAUCAACACUCAGAAUGAACAGUUCUGAAUUAUACACGAGUGCACGCCUCUCUCCCCUUUCUCUCACCUAUUAUGUGCGUUGCUUGGCAAAUGGGAAUUAUCGCGUGACACUAUCCUUUGCAGAGAUAGUUUUCAGGGAGAAUAGAUCCUUUUACAGUCUUGGAAGACGGAUAUUUGAUGUUUAUAUCCAGGAAAAACCGGUGUUAAUGGAUUUUGAUAUUGAAAAUGCCGCACAAGGGGUUGAUAAAAGUGUGUCUAGGACAUAUAAAGCAGUUGUGAGCAAUAAAAUUUUACAGAUCCGCUUCCACUGGGCUGGGAAAGGGACGACAGCUGCUCCAAAGAGAGGAACGUAUGGUCCUCUCAUAUCAGCCAUCUCUGUGGAAUCUGAUUUCAGUCCCCCUAUGAAGGUUGAGAUAUUUAUAGUGAUUGGAGCUGUAGUAUCAGUGCUAUUCCUCAUUCUUAUGAUUCUAGGCAUUCUUUGGUGGAAAGGAUGCAUAGGAGGCAGGAUAUCAAGGGACAAAGAACUGAGAGGAUUAGAUUUGCAAACUGGUUUUUUCACUUAUAGG